UGGAGGUGAGCUAAAGUAAGCCUGAGUCUUUGAUGGCCUCAGCAAAUAUUACAAGUACUGCUGCAACGUUUACGAUUAGGUAUCAAGUAGAACGUUUAGAGUAACAUUAAUACAAGUAUCAUGGCAGGAGUGGUACAGGAACGAAUUAUUCCUCCUGCGAACACUCUUGUCAAGUACGACAAUCCUGUUCUGGUUACCACUCAUCUUGGAAAGAAAACCAGAGAAGGAUCACCAUCUAAAAUCGGAACUACAGCUUGCAAGGUGCAAAGUGCGCCACCGACGACUGACAUCAGGCGAGAAACAGAUGAGAUCUUGAAUGGAAUUCUUCCUCCCAAGGAAUGGGAAGAGGAUGGACAAAUAUGGACUCAACAUGUAUAUUCUAAUGCACAUUCUAUCAUAUUGAUGGUAUUCAGAUUUUUAUCAAUGAAUAUGCUUCGAAAUGUAAUGAUGCAGGUGUCAAGUAUACCAGCUACGAGAUUAGAUGUUAUUAAUCUACAAGAGCAACUCGAUAUGCGGCUACAGCAACGACAAGCUCGGGAGACUGGAAUAUGCCCAGUGCGGCGGGAACUGUAUACACAAUGUUUUGAUGAAGUAAUACGCCAGGUAACAAUUAACUGUGCUGAACGAGGUUUGCUUUUGCUACGAGUUAGAGAUGAGAUUCGAAUGACAAUGGCUGCAUAUCAAACGCUUUACCAAAGUAGCAUAGCAUUUGGUAUGCGCAAGGCACUGCAGGCAGAGCAAGGGAAGGAAGAUCUCAUGUCAGCUGCAGAAGAAUUACGGUUACAAAAGGCAGAGCUUGAAAAGAAUGUAGCUGAGCUGCGACAAAGAUCUGAACAGGCUGAAAUCAGAGCUACAGAGUUAAGAGAGGCUGAAGAGAAAAAACACUCUGAAGAAAUUCAAUUUCUGAAAAAGACCAACCAGCAGCUCAAGACACAACUGGAAGGCAUUAUUGCAACGAAAAAGUGAUGUCCAAGAAGAUGCCUUCGUUUACAAGCUUUUCCACAGAAUAUAAAAUAUAUAAAUACUAUUAUUUAUUUUGGGAUUACAUUUAAGUUAUAAUAAAUACAUACUCUUGUCCUAAAUAUCGAAUAGCUUGAUGGAUUAAAUCUAUCUAUAGAUUGAUUGCUCUCUACUGUAUCAGCAAAUCUUCCCAUUCCACUGAACCAUGUCAAGACUCACAUAUUUGUCAACAAAUUUGAAUAAUAUUUCUUUCGCUACCUUUCUAAGAUUCGCGGACUUUCAUGUAUAGUGAUAUAUUCAAGGCACACUACAGGCAUGUAUACCUACAUACACCGCGUGUAUGAUUAUGCAGCAACAGCACCGGUAUGCAUAAGAUUGUAUGUAAAUGAGAAAUCUCAUAAAACAUCUUAUUCCCACUCAAAACGCACGACGUGUAGUACCCAAGUUGUUUCGUAAUUAUUCCUUAAAAUUAUUAUGCAUUAAAAUCUAAGAAUGAAUUGAUGCAAGACUGGCUGAUCUUGGACGCACCGAAAAUGAAAUACAAUUGAGUUUUAUGAGUUACCUUUGCCUAAUGAAGAUUUUGAGUUUCACAUAGUAAUUUAUUAGUAGUAGUUUCGAGGAAUUUAUUAUUAGGCAUUCAAGGAAUGAGUGGAAUCUAAUAAGAUGGGAGAAAUGUCUGUAUAGGUCUUCACUCAGAUUUUUUAAAUAAAACAUAGGUUUAGAAAUAAACCCGUGAAUUAGUUAAAGUAAAAUGUUUUACAACUUGUUCUCUAUUCAAAUUUGAGAUUACCGAUUUCUUUAAUAAGUAUUCUCAUUUCAAAUCUAAUAGCCUAAAAUAUGAAUAUACUUAUGCCUACACAAUAGUGACGAUGCUGUACCAAAAAUGUAGUUCAUACUUCUUAAAAACUGUACGAAUGUUCAUGACAUUUAAAAAAUACCAUAUCAGUUGAAAGCUAUGCUCAACUGCAAAGCUGUAGUUUUAUCUACUUUGCAUGAGUAAGUUUACUUUAUCCCGUCGCUUUGAAAUUUUCGUUGCACUUCAUAGCACUGUAUAUUAUAAUUUCAAAGAGAUUGUAAUAAAAUUACAUCUAACGUUUCCAAUUUAUUAUCAACUUUUCGAUGGAGUCAACUAACAUUUUACUAUGUAUGUGUAAAAUAUACCAAGUUAUUCAUAAUUAUACAUCACUAGA